ACAAAAAUGCAUAACACUGAGUAGUGCAUGCUGAGUACAACAACCUUCAUGUACACAUGUCCUGUACAUGUUCUCUGCACACACACACUCACAGUAGGAGGAAUGUCUGGUGCAGCCAUAUCUAUUUAACAUGAAGCUAACCCAGGGUCAAGGGUCAGCCCAUUCACAGGGGGGGGGGAUGUGGUUUGUGGUGAACAAUCCAUGAGUUGUUUUGUAGGUAUACGUAAUGGCUCCCAUGCACACAGCACAGGGUUGUAAAGGGCAGACUGUCUGCAUGCCAUGAGUAUACUGUACACACACAAGCUGUUCUGACAUAGCAGUCAUACACAGUUUGCAGUUUGUAGGAAGGCAAUGACUAUUGAGUGCAGUCUAAAUGCUGUGAAUAUUGUCUGGUAGGGGCUGGCUGGAAUUGAAUUUUGAGGUUCAGAAAACUGCUGGGAUUGUUCAGAAAUUGUUUCUACCAGUGUUGGAGAGGGUAGAAAUAUGGCAGAAGCACAAGAGGCGACAGCAGGGACUGGUCCCCGAAAAGAGACAAAUGGUGAGAGUAGACUGCUUGGAGAAGGAAGUCUGGAUACUAGACCAGUCAAUCUCGCCCAGAACACCGACAACAGGGAGCCAGCGACAAUCUGGCCGAUAAAAGUGGAGAAAGAUUAUAGCAAUCCAGAGGAGUACUGGAAGCCAGAGAGUAACUUUUAUGGCGACAAAGAAGACGAAGAAGAAUCUCUCAACUCGUUUUCCGCAAAUGAGGACGAGGCGGACAGCGAAGCGUAUAAUUCAGAUUCCACCGAGGUUAACUCGUCCGACUCUGAUUCAGAUGAAAUGGCAGGUGAGGAUGAGAACACCUCAGACUCAUCUGAAAACUUUGACAACGACGACGAGUUGUUCUACCAGCCGGUGAAGAGGUUUAAGAAAGAUCACAAAUAUCAACUUGGAUCAGACGAUGACCCCGAUCCACCGAGCGAAUUGAAUGAGGUGGUCUACCCUCCAGAUAGAUACGGUUGGUCCAGGAACCGGAAGACGAUUAAGUUGCACAAGUUUAAAGGAGCAUCGCCCGAAGGGUCCUCGGUCGACCGACCAGAGCAGGACAGCCCUCUUCAAUACUUCCUGAUGUUUUUUCCUCUUGUACUCUUUAAGAAGAUGGCUCGCUAUACAAAUAUAGCUGGCCGGUCUCAUCCUCGUUUCAAUAAGCGCACCACGCAGGAGGAGAUUCGAGCCUGGCUAGGCAUUAAGAUGCUCCAGGGUGUCCAUCACAACAAGAGCUUCAUGGACGACUGGUCAACCCAUCCCGGUCUUCGAAACACCCUCGUUGCAAACACCAUGCUCCGGGAGAGGUUUUGCCUUCUUAGCGAGGUCCUUUCCUGCGCCAACCCAAAGAAGGGUCCUAAAUCGAUCCAGAACCCCCAGCAGCGUUGGGCGUACAUGAUUGCACAACCCAUGUACCCUCUCCAGGUUGUCUGGGACACGGUUGUCGCCAACUGUCUCGACAAUUGGAAUCCAGGCAAGCAGAUCGCACUGGAUGAAGCGACGAUGAUCUUCAAGAGAAGAGGUCCAAACUCUAAACGGUUCUUCAUGCCCCUGAAACCAAACAAGAUGGGUUUCAAAAUCUUCACCAUCUGCGACGCAAAAACUGGCUACCUCUUGAACAUGCUCGUGAGUCCUGAAUCUGGUUUUAAGAUGACAGAACUCACUCUCAAGCUAACAGAACCCUUCUUCCAUCGUUAUCAUGAGCUCUACCUCAGACAUGCGAUCAUGUCGCCAGCUCUCGCUAUCCAGCUCCUAGAGAAACGGACAUACAUUUGCGGACCGGUGAAGAAAGUUAGCAAGGGUCUCCCUGACGACUUUAGCCUGAAAUCCUUAGUGAAUCCCAACAACUACAAGAAGAUCGCGGAGAUUACAAGUGCUCCUCGAGGCACUAUGUACUUCAGGCAGAAUGGGAAGAUGACGGCAUCCAUCUGGAGAGACUGCAAGGCUCUGUAUCUUCUCUCUACAUGCCACCAGAGCUACCGCAACAAGUCGAUCGACUUCCUUGGGAGAAAGGGUAAAAAUGAGACCAGAGUGACAAAGUCAAGCCUCAGAGCCCCUAAACAAGUCAUCGACUAUAACAAGUACAUGGGGGUCAACCGCCACGACCAGCUACGCUCUGCUCAAUCCUGCAGCCGUCAGUCCAUGAGAUGGUGGCGUAAACUCCUCUACUUCCUCCUCGACGUGAGUCGAGUCAACGCAUGGCUCUGCUACAAGGAGAAAACAAAGGGCAACCCGACAAGAGAGAUACUCAGCCACCGUAUGUUCGUCGUCGAUAUCGCAACCGCACUGAUAGCAGGCUUCGCUGAGGGCUCACCGAUGCAUCAGCACUCUGCUCAACCAGUGCCCCUCACCAACGGCCCCAAACACCAGCUUAUCCGCAUGACGAGCCCGUAUGGAAAGAUGUGUAUCGCGUGCCGAAGGAUGGGAAGGAAAACCGCCAAGGGGAAACCAAUAUCCACACGGACAGGUUGCAUGGCUUGUAAUAUUCACCUGUGCAAGGCUGGAGCCCCAAAGAAAAAAGCUCAAAACAGAAGAUCAUCCAGAAGUUGGUCAAGUUGUUACACUUUGGUCGGAGAAUGGAGAAGCGCUGGAGGCGGUGCCGGUGAAGGUGGAAAAACAAGACAAUCGAAAUCAAGAUGGAGAUGGGAACGUUUGGGCACAAGAGAGCUGGACGAUGCAAGUGGAAGAUGUUGAUGAUGACAGUCAACCUGGUCCCUCUUCGUCCGCUAUGUCCUCAAUGAGUAACGACGAUGGGGAAAAUGACGAUGACGACGCCAAGUCCAUCUCAGAUUCCUCGGUCAGCGUCGAAGACGAACAAGACAAAGAGUCGAUCUACACUGAUUCAGAGUCGGGUACGGAUUCAUCAAACCCGCCUUCAGAGGAUGAAGAUUUUCUCUUCGACCCCUCCUCCGACUGCUCUGAGGAUGAGGCCCACGCGUCAAAAGCAAAGCGCAAGCGAGGUAAAGCUAAGCCAGGCUCGGAUGAUGACCCGGAUCCGUUGGACACAG